CAAUUUUGGACGAGUCUCCUUGUGACAUUUCAUCAGGAUGAAGCAUAAGGGAAGGUAUUAAGCAUGUCAAUUGAUUUGAAAGAGAUAUAUGAGUUCGCCAUCAAGGUUGCCGAAGAAGCAGGCUCCAUAUUAUUGAAAUCAUCUCAUUCGAGAACUAGUUCAGAUCACAAGUUGAAACAAAAUUCAGUUGAUAUAGUUACAGAAGUUGAUGAAGCUGUUGAAGCUUUUAUCAAAAAAGAAGUCUUGUCCAAAUACCCUACUCAUAAAUUUGUUGGUGAAGAAUCAUAUGGAAAAGACGAGCCAAAAGAUCGUUACAUAAUAGGAAACGAACCAACAUGGUGUGUUGAUCCUUUAGAUGGGACUGUCAACUUUGUCCAUAUGUUUCCAAUGGUUUGUACUUCAAUUGCGUUCUUAAUAGAUGGUAAACCUGUUGUUGGUGUUAUCAAUGCCCCUUUCCUGAAUCAAACAUUCUCAGCUUAUAAAGGUGGUGGUGCUUGGUUGAACAAAUCUACAAAACUACCAAUACAUGACCCAAUACCUCCAUUCCCACAAGAGGCCCCGAAAGGAUUACUAUUCAGUUGUGAAUGGGGGAAGAAUAGAGAUUACAAUGGAGAUUUGAAACUAAAGAUUGAAAGCUUCAUAAACAUGGCAAAGAAAAAUGAAGGCGGUGGAAUGGUUCACGGGGUGAGAUCUUUAGGAAGUGCGGCUUUGGAUAUGGCGUUUAUUGCGAUGGGAUCCACAGAUAUAUUUUGGGAGCUUGGAUGCUGGGAAUGGGAUAUAGCUGCUGGUGUUAUAUUGGUUGAAGAGAGUGGUGGCCUAGUUACAAAUGGCAACCCACCUUUGGAUCAUGAACUCUCGGAUAUUGGACCUGCUCAUCUCGGUUCAAGACAGUAUUUGGCUAUCAGAGCCACCACUAGUGAUAAUCUGAAUGAAACUGCAAGAGAGUCUCAAGAACGUAUUGUUAGAGAAGUGUGGAAGAGAGUGAACAAAAUAGACUAUAAACGUCUCACUAUUAAGUAG